AUGGCCGCUGUUUCGGGAGAAGAAGGGCCGCGGAAACUCACGGAGACCGUUGAGCCAGUUCCCCCAUUCUCGCUCCCUCUUCGUCCUCUAUUUCUUUCCCUCACCCUUCGUCGUGUCCUCCUCUCUCUCUCUCUCGAUCGAUCGAUCGGUCGAUCUGCGUGGAAUGAACAAGAGUUGAAGAAUUACGCUGAUUUGCAAUUCAGAUGGGGAAGGACGAUCCCAAUUUGUUCUAUCCUGUCAGAGAAGAAUGUCGCGCCGAUACCCCGCCGACUCGAUUUAUCCCGAAGCAAAGGAAAACUCUUAGUGAACGGAAAUGGAAUUCUAUAUUUCGUCCACAAGGUGAAGUUGACUUCAAGGAAGCAUUGAAGAGGAUUCAACGUGGUGGCAUUCAUCCUUCAAUCAGAGGUGUAGUUUGGGAGUUCCUCCUAGGUUGUUAUGAUCCCAACACCACAUUUGACCAGAGGAGCAGUUUGAGACAGCAAAGAAGAGAGCAAUAUGCAAUGUUGAAGGCAGAAUGCCAAAGGAUGGAAGCAACCAUUGGUACUGGAAAAUUUAUUACUGCACCUGUUAUAUCUGAAGAUGGCGAGCCCAUUGAACCAGAUGAUGGUACAACAGCAAGAACUAACGAAGAUCCAUCAUUGAACAGAGAAAAUAGCCGUAACCCCUUCAUUGAUGAUUUCUCGCCCGGCCCUUCAUCUAGGGUUAUUAACUCCUCUGAAAGGAUUCUGGAUGAAAAAGUCAUUCAGUGGAAAAGAACAUUGCAUCAAAUAGGUUUGGAUGUUGUUCGCACAGAUCGGAUGCUUGUAUUUUAUGAGAGUGAAGAAAAUCAAGCAAAGCUUUGGGAUGUUUUGGCAAUCUAUGCAUGGGUAGAUAAGGAUAUUGGAUACUGUCAAGGAAUGAGUGACCUUUGCUCUCCAAUGGUGAUUCUUUUUGAGAAUGAGGCUGAUGCAUUUUGGUGCUUUGAGCGGCUUAUGCGUAGAUUGCGUGGAAACUUUAGAAGCACCAGGACUUCAAUAGGAGUUCAAUCAGAACUCACUAGAUUAGCUUCGAUUGUCAGAUCAGUUGAUCCCAAGCUUCAUCAGCACCUAGAGACGCUAGAUGGAGGGGAAUACUUAUUUGCUUUCCGCAUGUUGAUGGUGUUGUUCCGGAGAGAAUUUUCAUUUGGAGAUACUUUGUUCCUUUGGGAGCUCAUGUGGGCUAUGGAAUACAAUCCAAACUUAUUUUCUUUGUACGAGGAAUCAUCUUCAACUUCUGACCAGUCUCAGAGAGAGGGUGCUGGCAAUGACAAGCAUCUGAAAAACUGUGGGAAGUUUGAAAGGGAAUACUUGAAGAAUAAAGGAAACGUGCAACAGACAGUUCCUAUAUCAGUUUUUCUUGUAGCUAGUAUUCUCAAGACCAAGAGCAAGCAGAUGUUGAAAGAGGCAAAUGGGCUGGAUGAUGUUGUGAAGAUCUUAAAUGAAAUAACUGGGAAGCUUGAAGCUAAAAAAGCUUGUAAAGAGGCAUUAAAGAUUCAGCACAAAUAUCUGACCAAGGCAAAAAAGCCAUAGAGUUGGGGUUGGAGCACCAGACCCAUAAUGGACAUGGUUGACGCUGAUCGAAAUGGUUUCCACAAGAUUAAGGUUCUUCGUUUUGUCUGACGUGAUUCACGUUACAUGGAUGAAUUUUUUCAUCAUUUUUGUACAGAAUUUUUUUGUAUCCGUGAUUUAUGUAGUUUUGAGUUUGGACUAGAAAAUAUUCAUCAUUGUACUUGUUGCUAUCAUUGAGACAUACAUGGCGAAAUCUCAUGCCUUUCAUCUUGUGGCACAGAAAGGCUGUGAGACAGAGAAAACUUGUAUUAUCUUUUACCCUUCUGUGAUCUUAUUGGCAAGAAAGCGAGGUUCCAGUAAAUGUAUCGCAAGGAUUUACUUACAUGAUAUUCUUG